CUAUUCUAUUCCAGGGACAUCCCCUCCACAAAUGGCCUGGAGGAACCACAGCAUCAUCACCGAGUUCAUUCUCACGGGGCUGUCCGACGACCCCCACAUCCAGGCUCUGCUCUUCGUGCUCUUCCUGGGGAUUUACCUCCUGACCGUGAUGGGGAAUCUGAUGCUGCUGCUGGUGAUCAGGACCGAUUCCCGCCUCCACACGCCCAUGUACUUCUUCCUGAGUAACCUGUCCUUCCUGGACCUCUGCUUCUCUUCUGUCACUGUGCCCAAGCUACUGAAGGACCUUCUGUCUGAGAAGAAAACCAUCUCAGUGGAGGGCUGCCUGGCUCAGGUGUUCUUCGUGUUUAUCACCGCAGGGACUGAAGCCUUUCUGCUCUCGGUGAUGGCCUAUGACCGCUAUGCCGCCAUCUGCCACCCUCUGCUCUACGGCCAGGUGAUGAGCAGCCAGCUCUGUGUGAGGCUGGUGCUGGCCUCGUGGGGCCUGGCUUCCCUCAAUUCAGUCAUCAUUGUGCUUUUGGCUAUUAACCUGGACUUCUGUGAGGCCCAAACCAUAUACCACUACACCUGUGAGCUGCCCUCCCUCUUCCCUCUGUCUUGCUCUGAUAUUUCCAUCAAUAUUGACAUCUUGAUCUGCUCCACCUUACUGCAUGGGCUGGGAACGUUCCUCCCAAUCUUCUUUUCCUACACCCGUAUUGUCUCCACCAUCCUGCACAUCAGCUCCACCUCAGGCAGAAGCAAGGCCUUCUCCACCUGCUCCUCCCACCUCAUCGCAGUGAUCCUGUUCUUUGGCUCAGGUUUGAUUCGCUAUCUUAUGCCCACCUCGGGUUCCUCCCUGGAUUUGCUCUCCUCCUUGCAGUACAGUGCAGUCACGCCCUUGCUGAAUCCCCUCAUCUACAGCCUAAAGAACAAAGAGGUGAAGGCGGCUGUGAGAAGGACAGUGGAGAAAUACCUACACUAUUUUAGGUAGUGAACAAGGACACAGAGUGCAGGAGAGAAAUUUGUUUUGCCAUCUGCUUGAACCUCAGGUAGAAGAACUCUGCGGUGCCUGGGUGGCUGGUUGGUUGGUUAAAGCCUCUGACUUUGGCUCAGGUCACAAUCUCGCAGUUCACGAGUUCAAGCCCCACGUCAGGCUCUGUGCUGUCGGCACAGAGCCUGGGGCUCACUUUGCAUUCUGUGUGCCCCAGCCCUUCCCUGACUCACAUUCUGUUUCUCUCAAAAAUAAAUAAACAUUAAAAAAAAA